CCCUUUUGCCUUCACGCCAGCAGAGACGUUAAAUAUUUUCGUACGCCACUUACCAAAUAGAAUUUAAAGAGAAGACGAAAAGCGCUGAAAACCAAACCAUUCCAUUGUUAAAAACGAAAAGUAAACCCCCCCCCCCCAAAAAAAAAAUCCAACAAAAAGAUGAGUUCAACCACUGGUCAGUUCUUGAUCCAGCGUCCACGAUUCAAUCAUGUUUUCUUGCAAAACAAUAGCUUUCAUAUACCUAAGCGAGUCCAGUUCUCAGUUUUGCCACAAAGUUCCUAUAUUCCUGUUCCACUCAGUUCCGUUUCUCAGUUUAGGGGCUCUAAAUUUUUGGAGUGUAAAUGUGCAUCAGAGAAAGUUUCAGAAUCUUUUGAAAGGGACCCAGGUCAGGAAUUUGAACCGGAACCAAAUCAGAUUGUUAAACAAAAGAAGGCUUCUAUAGUGGAUAUUUUGAAGCAAUCAAAUUCCAUUCUGCCUCAUGUAGUCCUUGCUAGUACAAUUAUGGCUCUUGUGUAUCCGCCUUCUUUCACAUGGUUUACCAGCAGGUACUAUGCCCCUGCAUUGGGUUUUUUGAUGUUUGCAGUGGGGGUUAAUUCCAGUGAGAAGGAUUUUAUUGAAGCAUUUAAAAGGCCAGAUGCUAUUUUUACUGGUUAUGUUGGUCAAUUUGUUGUGAAACCCCUGCUUGGAUAUAUUUUUGGAAUAAUUGCUGUGACUGUGUUUGGUCUUCCUACUCCUUUAGGUGCAGGGAUUAUGUUGGUCUCCUGCGUAAGUGGUGCCCAGCUCUCGAAUUAUGCUACAUUUUUGACAGAUCCACCACUAGCUCCAUUAAGCAUCGUUAUGACAUCUUUAUCUACUGCUACUGCUGUUUUUGUUACACCAAUGUUGUCUCUCCUGCUUAUUGGAAAAAGACUGCCGGUUGAUGUAGUGGGAAUGGUUUCUAGCAUUCUGCAGAUUGUUAUUGCUCCUAUUACUGCAGGAUUGCUUUUGAAUCGGUUGUUCCCUCGUCUUUGUGAAGCCAUGAGACCAUUUCUGCCGCCGCUUUCUGUACUUGAUACAGCUUGUUGUGUUGGAGCGCCCCUUGCUAUUAACAUCAAUUCGGUUUUGUCCCCAUUUGGUUUAACUGUUUCGUUGCUCAUUGUUGCAUUCCAUUUAUCAGCAUUCAUUGCUGGUUAUUUCCUCAGUGGUUCACUCUUCCAUAAAGCACCUGAUGUGAAAGCAUUGCAAAGAACACUAUCUUUCGAGACAGGAAUGCAAAGCAGUCUUUUGGCGCUUGCACUUGCUAAUAGGUUCUUCCAGGAUCCACUUGUCAGUGUGCCUCCAGCUAUCUCGACUGUGAUCAUGUCAUUGAUGGGCUUCGCUCUGGUCAUGAUUUGGGCAAAGAAAAAAGAAUAAUGGGAGAAUGAGGGGUUUCAUAUGUGACUCCAUCCUCCUAUGCUGUGAUACAAAUUUGAAAAAUCGGAUCAUCGUAGGGCAGAUGGAGUGUGUACCCUCCUGGAAAUAGAAUGAAAUCCUUGUAUUUGUGUUACACAGGGUUCAUAAUCAUUCCUGAGCAGUGGAUAUUUAGAAUCUCUUUUUCCCCCUUUUGGUUACAGUUAUGAUGGCCUCAAUAGGUGAUUUCUGAGAACCGUGGUCCUUGCUUAGGUCGCUGAUAAGUAAUUUACCAAGUACAGGAGCAUCGUUCUCUAUAGCUGAUCUGCUCACAUCGUUCUCUAUACUGGGUGUUUUCCUUGCCCAAGAUUGACAUUUUUAAACCGCACUUCCAUAUUCUCUGGUUCACGGAUUCCAAGGAUUACAGCAAUGGCUUUGGUGUGGCAAUAUGGAGAGAAAUCUGGGUUUGAAUCAUGGAAGGGUCUCUCUUGGGGAAUGGUACCUUUACUCGGUGGAGCAUUUUGUGCGUGUACCUGGCAUUUCUUUUACAAUUCUGAAUCCCUUGAGAAACACUAGGACGAGACAUUUGGCUUUACAUUGAAUCAUGGAUACAAGUGUCGUCUUUUUUUAGUUUUUACUCCUAUACAACCUCAAUGCUUAUCAUGACAAAAUUGUGAAUGUAACAAUUAAGAAACCAAAGAUUUAAUGUAAUACUAUUGCAACCGAAACAUUGAAUAUUGUUUUUGAUAAUGACGUGGAAAUAGCCAAGUUUACCUAUUUUACACUACUCAAAAGGUGGGGAAUCUUUUCCACCUAACCAUGUUUGAUCCACAUAACACAGGAUAAACAUAGUGCCUGAACUUGGGGGUUGAUGAAUUUGGAUUUAUCUAACAGGAAAUAAGACCUAGAGAUAUGCAUAAUAGUUUCAGAUGAAUCACUGUUAUGCAUAUUCUUAUCAGGACCAUAAAUUUGUAUCAGUAUCCAUAAAAGCCAUAUUCUGUAAUAAAACAGUACCUGUUGAUCAUCUAGCCAUUUUAUUCAGGUUUUUAAUGUACUUUUGCUAUGCAUUCCUACAUGUUCUGCCUAAUUACGUACUUGCAUAAGAUGAUCAUACUUCAGCUCACUAACAAUUAGACUGCUAUGCUGAUGAGUGAUGGUUGAUGACUAAGAACUCUAGCCUCUCAGCUUGUGAGAUGGAUGUGCACAGCGUGAGUGUAGAAACAGAGUCUCUUAAAUCACUCCAUUCUGCCAAUGAAUUGUAGGUAUUGGUGGCUCUUCAAGCUGCACUGACGGUAAUAGGUAAUGCCACUAUGUGUUAUGCUGCAUUUCGUAUCUGCAAAGUAACGGACAAAAAUUCCCAGAAGCUAUGAAGUUUCCACUCAUAUAAUCCAUUGAAUGUGCCCCAAGGAUCAGUAUUGUCCACUGCUAUGUGCUAUCCUUCUAUUGGAGAGCUCAACUAGGCGAGGUGCCACUUACAAGCUAUAAACAAUAGGCAAUCGUUUACCUUUUGCAGUAAAAAAAACUUGGCAAGGUGGAAGCUGCCCAAUUAGUGACAAAAAAGCAAACAUUAUAUUAUCUAAAUGUAAGACAUUUUUCUCUCAUGCUUGUCUGGGAAUGGCUAUAAGCAGCCUGAGAGUCAAAUAUCAUUUUUUGAGCUGUAUCUAUAAUGAAAAGCCUCUCCCUUGUCAAUUUGUCAA